AUGACCUCAAAAGAUGGUUUGGCCAAAGAUGGACUUUCAUACCGAUCCGAUAUCUUCACCAUGGACAUCCUCACUGCGAUUUAUGUAUACGCUUGCAUUUUGUGGAUUGUAUUAUUAAUAACAGUUAUAUUUAAUAGUAUUCAUACUCGUCCCGUCAAACAAAAGAAACAGAAAGACUUCGAGCUGCUUCAUGUAUCCAGUGAUAGACAAAAGAGUGGUACUGCACCAAUGAGCUACACAGACUCGAAAAGCUUCAGAAGUGACAGAGAUAAGUGGGAACGAACGAAAUCAGAAUCAAGUCGAAGGGCCUCACAAGAAUAA